CCCUAGCGCUGAUAUGACGCAGGCCCAUUAGACAUUAGGGUUUUAUAUUUAACUUCUCACUCUCAACUCGGCCUUCUGAGUUCUGCCUCUCUCUCUUCACCUUCUGUGGAUCUUUGCGUAUUCCAAAUCGUAUAAGUGAAAAUGUUGGAAAAGAGCGCCGGCAGGAAGGAAGAGGUUGUUACCCGAGAGUACACCAUCAAUCUCCACAAACGUCUUCAUGGAUGCACAUUUAAGAAGAAGGCUCCUAAUGCUAUUAAGCAGAUCAGAAAAUUCGCACAGAAGGCUAUGGGGACCAAUGAUGUCCGGGUGGAUGUCAAGUUGAACAAGUCUGUGUGGAGCCAGGGAAUCCGAAGUGUCCCCAGAAGAAUCCGGAUACGCAUUGCGCGCAAGAGAAACGAUGAUGAGGACGCCAAGGAAGAGCUCUACUCCCUUGUUACCGUUGUUGAGAUCCCUAGGGAAGAGCUCAAAGGUUUGGGCACCAAGGUUAUUGAUGAUGAGGAAUGAUGCCUGUUAGCUUUACUAUUGCGGUUUUCAUAUUUGAUUUUGUUGAGACAGCGAGUAUAUGUUGUAUGACAACAUUAAUUUUCUUUCUCUUAUUUGUUUUGCUUGUCUUAGAAAGAUUAAACAUAUGCUUUUUUUUACCAUCUUUUCUUUUCUACUCUUGGAUCGAUUGAGAAAAUGAGAACUGUUUACUACAAACAGGUUAUGACCAAAA